AUGAGUAGGCAUGUCAAAGAAAAUUCUAAUGAAAAAGAUAACGAAAUAAUUGAAAAUAAAUCAGAAUCAGAAUCACAAGGAGAUGUAUCUAAAAUUUUAUCAUCAUCUGUAGCAGGGGCUUCAUCACUUGUUAUGCUACAACUUAUAAGUAGAUUGGCUACUUUUGUUUUGCAUCAAAUUGUUUUACGUUAUACAGACCCUGCAACAUUUGGAAUUGCAUCUGUACAAUUAGAAUUAUUGUUAGCAACAAUCUUGUUUUUAUCCCGUGAAGGAUUUCGUUGUGCUCUGUUAAGAGGAAGCGGUGAUGUCAGUGAAGUUGAUCAUGAUGAAAAUUUACAAGGAAAAUCAAAGGAUUCGAUAAUAUUUGGCAAUUCUCCUGCUGGGUCUAUUCAAAAAAUAACAAAUUUAUCAUAUGUACCAAUCCCAAUUGGAAUUAUCACAACAUUUCUUGCUUGCGUUUUUUAUAUCUUUUAUGCGACAGAGGAAUCAUUAGCCACACCAUAUUAUGUUACUUCUGUAGUAUUAUAUGGUUUAGCAGCAUUUGGUGAAUUGAUCAUUGAACCAUUGUAUAUCGCAACAAUGAAUAAUCUGAUCUUCACUCUUAGAGUACGUUGUGAAAUGGUUGGAGUUGUUGUUCGUUGCGUUAUCACACUCACAAUGACACUAAUGGGAAUUCCAAAAAAUAAUGAAAAAGGAAAGAAUGCUUAUGGAAUUUUGGCAUUUGCAGUUGCUCAGUUCGCUUUUAUGUUGGUUUUACUGAUAGGUUAUGUUGGGUAUUUUAUUUCAAAUUGGGAUAUUCAAUUACUAAAACCACGAAAAUUAAAAGAUGAAAGGCAAGGGGUAUUCUGGUUUGAUGAACAUUUAUUUGGUUUGGCAAAAACAUUUACAAAACAAUCUUUGUUGAAACAUGUUUUAACGGAAGGUGAUAAAAUGUUAAUUGCGUGGCUUAGAUCAUUGAUUGUACGAAUAUUCUUUCAACCAUUAGAAGAAACUGGUCCUGCAGCUCGUAAAAUAGUAUUAACAACCUCUUUACAAGUUCUAUUAGUAUUGAUGAAAUUUCAUCUUUUACUUGGACUUCUCUUUAUUGGAUUGGCAACAAAUUAUACAGGAACUUUAAUUGACUUGUUUGUAGGUCCUGUAUGGUCAAAAUCACUUGCACCAUUUGCAUUAUCAAUUUAUUGUAUAUAUGUUCCAAUUAUGGGUAUUAAUGGAAUAACUGAAGCAUUUGUAGCAGCAGUUGCAACGGAAGAAACAUUAAGUGUUUUAAAUUACUGGUUGAUUGCAUUUUCAGCAGGAUUUGUUGGAGCUGGUAUCAUAUUUAUGAAAGGAUUAUCUGCCGGUGCUGUUGGAUUAAUUGCAGCUAAUAUGUUUAAUUUAUCAACACGUAUUGUAUGGAGUUGGAAUUUUAUUAAAUCAUAUUUUUUAAAAGAUCGUGGUGGUAAUAAACAGGAGAUGGAUGAAUUGAAAAGAAUGUUAUCUGUAUCAAAUUUAUUACCUAAACCUUUAGUAUUAAUAUCAUUUGGUUUGGCAUGGAUUAUAACUUACUUUUCUAAUCAAUUUAUUGGUUGGGAAACCUUGGACGCAAAGAUUAAACAUAUUGCAAUUGGCGGUGUUUGUGCCAUCCUUGUUGCUGGAAUAACGUAA